GUUCAUAUUUCUGUGUGUGUGAUCAGUAAAAUGGCAGAGGCCAGUUUUUCAGAGUUUCAGGACCAGUUCAUGUGUCCAGUCUGUCUGGAUCUCCUUAAGGAUCCUGUGGCUAUUCCCUGUGGACACAGUUACUGUAUGGGCUGUAUUAAGGGCUGCUGGGAUCAGGAUGAUCAGAAGGGAGUCUACAGCUGCCCCCAGUGCAGGCAGACCUUCAGUCCAAGACCUGCUCUAGGUAAAAACACCAUAUUGGCUGAAAUGGUGGAGAAACUGAAGAAGAUGAAACUCUGCGAUGCUGCUCCUCCUGCUCACUGUUAUGCUGGACCUGGAGAUGUGGAGUGUGGUGUUUGUACUGGGACAAAACUCAAAGCCAUCAAGUCCUGUCUGGUGUGUCUGGACUCCUACUGUCAAACUCACUUUGAACGUCAUGAAAAACUGUUCAAAGGGAAGAGACACAAUGUGACUGAUGCUACUGGAAAACUACAAGACCAGAUUUGCCCUCAUCAUAACAAACUAAGAGAGUUUUGGUGUCAAACUGACCAACAGUUCAUGUGUUAUCUGUGUCUGGUGGAUGAACACAGGGACCAUAAAACAGUAUCAGUGGCAGCAGAGAGGACUGAAAGACAGAAACAAUUGGAAGAAAGUCAGAGGAAAACCCAGCAGAGAGUCCAGGAGGGAGAGAAGGAGGUGCAGGAGCUGAGACAGGCUGUGGAGUCUCUGAGGCGCUCUGCACAGGCAGCAGUGGAGGACAGUGAGAGGAUCUUUACUGAGCUGAUCCGCUCCAUUGAGAGAAGGUGCCGUGAGGUGACAGAGCUGAUCAGAGAUCAGGAGAAGAGUGAAUUGAGUCGGGCUGAAGGAGUCCUGGAGCAACUGGAGCAGGAGAUUUCUGAUCUGAGGAGGAGAGACACUGAGCUGGAGCAGCUUUCACACACAGAGGAUCACAUCCAUUUCCUCCAGAGUUUCUCAUCUCUCUGUUCCCCUCCUGGAUCUGAAGACUUACCCAGCAUCACUGUCAGUCCACACCUCUCUUUUGAGGAUGUAGGAAAAUCUGUCUCUCAGCUGAAAGAGCGACUGGAGGAUUUCUGUGAGGAGGAAUUUGGAAGAGUUUCCCGUAAACUGACAAACACUGAUAUCACUCCUCUCCCUGAACCCAAAACCAGAGAUGAGUUCUUACAACAUUCCUGUAAUCUCACACUGGAUCCCAACACAGCACAUAAACACCUCUGUCUGUCUGAGGGAAACAGAGUGGUGACAUGGAGUGACACAGUCCAGUCAUAUCCUGAUCAUCCAGAGAGAUUUGAUGAGUGUUGGUAUCAGGUGUUGUGUAGAGAGAGUGUGUCUGAACGCUGUUACUGGGAGACUGAGUGGAGUGGAGAUAAUUGUGUUUAUAUGUCAGUCUCAUAUAAAGACAUCAGCAGGAAAGGACGGGGUUAUGAGUGUGUGUUUGGAUAUAAUAAUCAGUCGUGGAGUUUGUACUGCUCUCCCUCUAAAUACUCAUUCAUACACAAUAAUGAAGAGACUAAACUCCCCAUAGUCCCCAGUUCCUCCAGAAUAGGAGUGUAUGUGGACCACAGGGCAGGAACUCUGUCCUUCUACAGCGUCUCUGACACAAUGACCCUCCUCCACAGAGUCCACACCACAUUCACUCAGCCCCUCUAUCCUGGGUUUUUGGUUGGAGGCUGUUUUAGAUCAAGGUCAACAGUGAGGUUAUGCCACCAUCCAAAAUGA